AUGGCGAACGUCACGCCGGCGAAGCUGGAUAACCUGGAAGCGCAGCAGCAGCAGCAGCAGCAGCAGCAGCAGCAGCAGCAGCAGAACAACAACACACGCUGGGAGAACACGGAGCAGCCCCUCCGGCCCUGGGAUGAGACCACCGCCACCGCCAAGCUCUUUGAGUGCUCACGGAUCAAGGCCUUGGCGGAUGAGCGAGAGGCCGUGCAGAAGAAGACUUUCACCAAAUGGGUCAACUCCCACUUGUGCCAAGUCUCCUGCCGGAUCAGCGACCUCUACACGGACUUGAGGGACGGAUGCAUGCUGACAAAGCUGCUGGAGGUGCUUUCCGGGGAGCAGCUGCCCAAGGCAACCCGUGGCCGGAUGCGGAUUCACUCCCUGGAGAAUGUAGACAAGGCUUUGCAGUUCCUGAAGGAGCAGCGGGUCCACCUGGAGAACGUGGGCUCCCACGACAUCGUGGACGGCAACCACCGCCUGACGUUGGGCCUCAUCUGGACAAUCAUCCUGAGAUUCCAGAUCCAGGUCAUCAAAAUUGAAACGGAAGACAACCGAGAGACCCGCUCGGCCAAGGAUGCCCUGCUGCUCUGGUGCCAGAUGAAGACGGCUGGGUACCCUGAGGUGAACAUCCAGAACUUCACCACCAGCUGGCGAGAUGGCCUGGCCUUCAACGCGCUCAUCCACCGGCACAGGCCGGACAUAAUCAAUUUCAAGAAGCUGACCAAAUCCAAUGCUGCCUACAACCUCCAGCAGGCCUUCAACACAGCUGAGCAGCAGCUGGGACUUGCCAAACUGCUGGACCCAGAAGAUGUCAGCAUGGAGCACCCUGAUGAAAAGUCCAUCAUCACCUACGUCGUCUCCUUCUACCAUUACUUCUCCAAGAUGAAGGCCCUGGCCGUGGAGGGGAAGCGGAUUGGCAAGGUGCUGGAGCAGGUGCUGGAGACAGAGAAGCUCAUCGCGCACUACGAGGCUCUGGCCGGCGAGCUGCUCGAGUGGACCGAGCUCACCAUCACCGUCAUCGGCAGCCAGAAGUUCGCCAACUCCCUGGCCGGAGUCCAGCAGCAGCUGCAGGCCUUCACGGCCUUCUGCACCCUGGAGAAGCCAGUCAAGUUUCAGGAAAAGGGAAACCUGGAGGUCUUGCUCUUCUCCAUCCAAAGCAAGCUCCGCGCCAACAACCGCAAGCUGUAUGUCCCGAAAGAGGGCAAGAGCAUCUCUGACAUCAACAAGGCCUGGACCAGGCUGGAGAAGGCCGAGCACGAGCGGGAGACGGCCCUGCGCAACGAGCUGAUCCGCCAGGAGAAGCUGGAGCUGCUGGCCCAGCGCUUCGACCACAAGGCCGUCAUGCGCGAGGCCUGGCUGAACGAGAACCAGCGGCUCGUCUCCCAGGACAACUUUGGCUACGACCUCCCUGCGGUGGAGGCUGCCAUGAAGAAGCACGAGGCCAUCGAGGCAGACAUCUCGUCCUACCAGGAGCGCAUCCAGGUGGUGGUGGAGCUGGCCCAGGAGAUGGAGUCGGAGGGCUACUACGACAGCAAGCGCAUCGGGGCCCAGAAGGACAACAUUCUGCGCCAGUGGGGGCUCCUGACGGAGCUGCUCGGUGCCCGGCGGGCGCGGCUGGAGCAGAACAUGGCACUGCAGCGGGUCUUCCAGGAGAUGGUCUACAUGAUUGACUGGAUGGAUGAAAUGCAGGCCCAGCUGGCAUCCACGGACUCUGGGAAGCACCUCCUGGAGGUGGAGGAUCUGCUGCAGAAGCACGGCCUGAGGGAGGCCGACAUCGCCGCGCAGAGCGACCGCAUCCAGGCGCUCAGUGAGGCGGCCCUCAAGUUCUCGGAGCUGGCAGGCUACCAGCCCUGCGACCCCCAGGUCAUCUGCAACCGGGUGAGCCACGUCCGCAACUGCCUGGAGCAGCUGCAGGAGCUGGCCUCCAAGCGGCGCCAGGAGCUGGAGGCCUCCUGCCAGCUGUGGUCCUUCUUCCAAGAGAUGGAGGAGGUGGAGGCCUGGGCCCGGGAGAAGGAACACAUCCUGUCCUCGGCCCAGAACUACGGCAAGGACCUGAACAGCGUGGCCAAGCUGCUCAGCAAGCACAGCAUCCUGCUGGGCGAGCUGGCGGGCCGCCGGGCCCUGCUGCAGUCGGCCAUGCGGCGUGGGGAGCAGGCCCUGCUGCAGAAGCGCUGUGGCCCCAGCGACCUCCAGGAGAAGAUCCGGGAGACGCACCUGUGCUGGAAGCGGCUGGAGGAGCUGGCGGCCUCCCACCUGCGCAAGCUGCAGCAGGCCCUGAGCUUCUACCAGUUCAGCGCCGACACCGAUGACCUGGUGGCCUGGCUGCAGGACGCCUACCGCCUGGUGUCCAGCGACGACUUCGGCCACGACGAGUACUCCACACAGUCCCUGGCCAAGAAGCACAAGGCGGUGGUGGAGGAGAUCGAGCAGCACCGGGCGACCGUCCUGGCCCUGCGCCAGCAGCUGGCCGCCCUCGCGCCCGCCUACCACGAGCUGGUGGACGUGCAGAUCCGCAUCGUGGAGGUGGAGCAGCUGUACGGGGAGGUGGCCGAGGUGGCCGUGCUGCGGCAGCAGUGGCUGCAGGACGCCCUGGCCGUCUACCGCAUGUUCAGCGAGGUCGACUCCUGCGAGGUCUGGAUCGACGAGAAGGAGCAGUGGCUCCACCGCGUGGACGUGCCCCAGAAGCUGGAGGACGUGGAGGUGGUGCAGCACCGGUUUGAAAGCCUCGACCAGGAGAUGAACAGCCUGAUGGGCCGGAUCCUGGACGUCAACCACAUCGUGCAGCAGCUGGUGGACGGGGGCCACCCAAGUGCCUCUGAAGUCCGGGCCUGCCAGGACCACCUGAACAGCAGGUGGAACCGGGUAGUAGAACUGGUGGAACAGAAGAAGGACCACCUGAACUCGAUCCUCAAGAUCCAGAACUACCUGCUGGAGUGCAACGAGAUCAAGUCCCAGAUCCGGGAGAAGCGCAAGGCCAUCGAGAGCAGCCAGUACAACAGCGGUGACCUGGGCAGCGUCCUCUCCCUGCAGCGCCGGCUCUCCACCAUGGAGGCGGCCCUGGUGGUGCUGGAGCCGCGGCUGGUGGCCCUGCAGCAGGAGGGGGAGCAGCUGGCCAACACCCACCCCACACAGGCCAUGGAGAUCCUGGUGCAGUUCGAGGAGAUCAGCGAGGAGUGGGAGGGCCUGAAGCGGACCCUGCAGGGCUGCGAGGACUCCCUCACCGUGGCGAGCAGGCUGCAGCAGUUUAUCCAGGACCUGGACAGCUUCCUGACGUGGCUCGUGAAGACGCAGGCGGCGGCCGCCUCGGAAGAGCUGCCGGGCGACCUGCUGGAGGCCGAGCGGCUGCUGAACCAGCACGCUGCGCUGAAGGAGGAGAUCAACCGCUACGAGGAGGACUACGCCAAGAUCCAGGCGGUCAACGACGUGCUGGCGCUGGAGGAGGCCGACCUGCCCUACCUCUCCCUCCAGCAGUGGCUGCACAAGCUCGACGUGGGCUGGAACAAGCUGCUGGAGAUGUGGGAGAGCCGGCGGGAGGCGCUGGCCCAGGCCCACAUCUUCUUCCUCUUCCUCCGCGAUGCCAAGCAGGCGGAGGCCGCCCUGCGCAGCCAGGAGGCGACGCUGUCCCGCGCCGAGCUGCCCGCCACGGUGGACGGGGUCGAGAAGGCCAUCAGGAAGCACAAGGACUUCAUGACCACCAUGGAGCUCAACCUGCAGAAGACCCGCCUGGCCCUCAAGGCAGGCACGAGCCUCAUUCGCCAGGGCAACCUCUACAGCGAGCAGGUGAAGGCCAAGAUGGAGGCCCUGCAGGCCAAGAGCCAGCAAAACCAGCAGCUGGCCCAAGCGUGGAUGAAGCGCCUGGGCGACCACCUGGAGCUGCAGCGCUUCCUGCAGGACUGCCACGAGUAUCUUCUGUUUCCCGUGAACUCACUCAGCUGCCACGUCAUCUCUGCCACCUCCUCCAUGGCACGAAGCCCCCUUUCAAACAUGCUGUACCGGGUAGACUGGGGGGCAUCUCCGGGGCUGGGGGCUGUGCGAGCGCCAGUGCCCGCCCGGGAGCGCUCCGUGCCUUGUUGGCCUUUCGCAGCAAGGACAGGCCACGUGCGGAGGAACCCUUCCCACGAGUGCCUCGGCCCCCCGCCUGGUGGGAGCCACUGGCAUGUGCCCUCCAAGAGCGCCCUCGGAGGGGCCCCGCCCAGCGGCCGCCCGUGCAUCGUGGACCCCCCGCCGUGCACGUGCGGCUCUAGAGCACUGGGCCUCGUCGCGCACAUCCGGCCCCGUGGGUGCGAGCGCCACACCAUGGAGACCCAGGUGGAGGAGUGGAGCAAGGAGGUGGGCGAGCUGCAGGCCCAGGUGGCGGCUCUGCCCCUGGAGGCCGCCAGCAAGGAGAUGGUGGACGAGCGGCAGAGCACCGUCGGGACGCGCAUCGUGCGCCUCAUCGAGCCCCUCAAGGAGCGCCGGAGGAUCCUGCUGGCCUCCAAGGAGGUGCACCAAGUCAGCCACGACCUGGAGGACGAGAUUGUCUGGGCGCAGGACCGCCUGCCCCUGGCCACGCUGAAGGAGCACGGGAGCAACCUGCAGACCGUCCAGCAGUUCAUGAAGAAGAACCAGAACCUGCGCCGGGAGAUCCAGGUGCACAGGCCCCGGGUGGAGGAGGUGCUGGAGCGUGCGGGCGCCAUCGCCCGCAUCAGGAGCCCCGAGCUCGACGCAGUGCGCCUGCUCCUGCAGCGGCUCUCGGAGCUGUGGGCGGCCCUCCAGGCAGAGACGGAGCAGCGGCAGCAGCUGCUGGACGCCGCCUUCCAGGUGGAGCAGUACUACUUCGACGUGGCUGAGGUGGAGGCCUGGCUGAGCGAGCAGGAGCUCUUCGUGAUGAACGAGGACAAGGGCAAGGACGAGCAGAGCACUCUGCAGCUGCUCAAGAAGCACCUGAUGAUGGAGCAGACGGUGGAGAACUACGCGGAGACCAUCGCCCAGCUCUCGCGGCAGUGCCGGGCGCUCCUGGAGCUGGGGCACCCCGACAGCGAGCAGAUCAGCCGGCGGCAGUCGCAGGUCGACCGGCUGUACGUGUCCCUGAAGGACCUGGUGGAGGAGCACAAGGCCCAGCUGGAGCAGCAGUACUGGCUCUACCAGCUCAGCCGCGAGGUGGAUGAGCUGGAGCACUGGAUCGCCGAGAAGGAGGUGGUGGCUGGAUCGCCGGAGCUGGGCCAGGACUACGAGCACGUGACGCUGCUGCAGGAGAAGUUCACCGAGUUUGCCAGCGAGACGGGCAGCCUGGGCAACGAGCGGAUCUCGGCCGUCAACCAGAUGGUGGAUGAGCUGAUCGACUACGGCCACGCCGACGCCGCCACCAUCGCCGAGUGGAAGGACGGCGUGAACGAGGCCUGGGCAGACCUGCUGGAGCUGAUGGAGACGCGGGCCCAGAUGCUGGCCGCCUCGCACGAGCUGCACAAGUUCUUCAGUGACUGCAAGGACAUCCUGGCCCAGAUCGAGGAGAAGCAGCAGCGGCUGCCGGAGGUCACUGCCCGCGAGUCCAAGACCUCGGCCGGCACCCUGCAGAGGAUGCUGGGCUCCUUCGAGCACGACGUCCAGGUCCUGGUGACGCAGGUGCGGCAGCUCCAGGAGGCGGCGGCCCAGCUCCGGACGGUGUACGCGGGCGAGAACGCCGAGGCCAUCAGCACCAAGGAACAGGAAGUCAUGCACGCCUGGAAGGAGCUCCUGAGCUCCUGUGAGGACUGCCGGCUGCAGAUUACCACCACCACGGACAAGAUCCGCUUCACCAGUAUGGUGCGCGACCUCGUCUCCUGGAUGGACACCGUCAUCUGCCAGGUCGGCACCGGCGAGAAGCCCAGGGACGUGUCCACCGUGGGAGUGCUGAUGAACUACCACCAGGGCCUGAAGGCCGAGAUCGAGGCCCGCAGCAAGAGCGUGGCCGCCUGCGUGGAGCUGGGCAAGGCGCUGGUGCUGAACAAGAGCCCCGCCUCCGAGGAGAUCAAGCUUCACCUGGAGAAGCUGAUGGCCAAGAAGAAAGAGAUGACGGACAAGUGGGACCAGCGCUGGCAGUGGCUGCAGCAGAUGCUGGAGGUUCACCAGUUCGCGCAGGAGGCCGUGGUGGCCGACGCCUGGCUCACCGCGCAGGAGCCGCUGCUGAAGAGCCAGGAGCUGGGCAACAGCGUGGACGAGGUGGAGCAGCUGAUUCGGCGCCACGAGGCCUUCCGCAAGGCGGCAGCCGCCUGGGAGGAGCGCUUCAGCUCCCUGCGGCGCCUGACCACGAUCGAGAAGCUGAAGGCCGAGCAGAGCAAGCAGCCGCCCACCCCGCUGCUGGGCCGGAAGGUCUUUGCCGACCCCGCUGAGCUGAGCAGCGAGGCCUCCCCGCUCUCGCGCCAGCCGCCGCACGACAGGGGCCCCCUGCGGGGCCGGGCGGAGGGCCCGCCACUCCUCAGCGGAGCCCGGCCGGGGCCCCUGGAGCGGGCUGAGGCCAGGGUGGCCUACGUGCGCCAGGAGCUGAAGCCCGAGCGGCUGCAGCCCAAGAUCGACCGCCUGCAGGAGGGCCCGGUGGCCGGGGCCGCGGCCAGGGGCCAGGAGAAGGCGGGCGAGGCCAAGGCGGCUGUGGAGGAGGCGGGCCGGGCUGAGACGGCCGGGGCCCCUGCAGAGCAGGCGGAUGUCAAGGGGGGCCGGACGGAGGCGCGUGCCGAGCGGCACCGGGAGCGCUAUGAGCGCCGGCUGGAGCGGCAGGAGGCCAGCGAGCACGAGGCCCCCCGGCAGGAGCAGCCUGAGCGCCGGCGGGAGAGGCGGGAGCGCCGGCUGGAGCGCCAGGAGUCCAGCGAGCAGGACACCCCCCGGCGGGAGAGGCACGAGCGCCGGCUGGAGCGCCAGGAGUCCAGCGAGCCCGAGGCGCCACGCAAUGACGCCAAGGGGGGCGGCAAGGCCACCCUGGCGGACAUCGUGGAGCAGCUCCAGGAGAAGGAGUCCGUGGCACCGGCGCACGCCGCAGCGCUGCCCUCUUCCACGCCGCACGAGAGGGAGUCCCCGGCCCGCCUGCCCAACGGCCUCGACAGGCUGCCGGAGCGGACGCCGCGCCCCGACAGGCCCCGCGCCCGAGACAGACCGAAGCCCCGGCGGAGGCCCCGGCCCCGGGACCCCAACGCCCCGCCGGGGGACGCCCGCCGCUCCCGCUCCGCCCCUGCACAGAGCAGCGCCCCCCCGCCGCCGCCCCCCACGCACACCGUCCAGCAGGAGGGCUUCCUUCUGCGCAAGCUCGAGCUGGAGGGGCCGAACAAGAAGGCCUCCAACAGGUCCUGGAUCAACCUCUACUGUGUCCUGGACAAAGGGGAGCUGGGCUUCUACAAGGAUUCCAAGGGCCGGGAGUCCGGGAGCACGCACAACAACGAGCCCCUGCUGAGCCUGCACAGCGCCACGGGCGAGGUGGCCAGUGACUACAAGAAGAAGAAGAACGUGCUCAAGAUCAGGACCCGCGACGGGGGCGAGUUCCUACUCCAAGCCAAGGACGAGGAGGAGAUGAAGUCCUGGCUGGACGCGAUUUCCGCCUCCAUCCUGGAGCACGCCGAGAUCGCCCGGUGGGGCCAGGCCCUGCUCACCACGUCCUCCACAGACGAGGGCAACCCCAAGCGGGAGGCUGACCGCAGGGCCAGCACCUCCGGCCGGAAGAAGUGA